AUGGGGCAUCUAAAGCAGUCGUUUGUGAUCCCGUUAUCGCCCGCCAUGCCCCUCCCGGAAGCCUACCGAUGCCCGCUAUCGGGAUCCAAGGACACGGCACCAGUCGCUACGGCCCUCCAGGUGAUCUCUGCGGAGCGCGCUGCCCUGGCGCAUCUGGAGCAUAUCUAUCAGACCGAUCCCUUGGCGCAAGACCACCUCGCGCGUGCCGUGAGUCAGAUCGUACGCAGUAUCAAGCAUGGGGGCAAAUUGGUCUGUUGUGGUGUGGGCAAGAGUGGCAAGAUUGCCCAAAAGCUCGAAGCCACCAUGAACAGCCUAGGCAUCUACAGCGCAUUCCUGCACCCCACGGAGGCAUUGCAUGGCGACCUGGGCAUGAUACGACCGCACGACACGCUCUUGUUGAUAUCCUUCUCAGGUCGCACGCCGGAGCUUUUGCUCAUGCUUCCUCAUAUACCUUCAACAGUCCCGGUGAUUGCUAUUACAUCCCAUAUGCGCCCGUCAACCUGUCCGCUGCUUUCUUUCCACCCGUCCAACAUGGGAAUCCUCCUGCCGGCACCCAUCCAUGAGGAUGAAGAGUCCUCGAUCGGCGUAUGUGCCCCGACGUCAUCCACCACGGUGGCCUUAUCGCUGGGAGAUGCACUGGCUAUCGCUACGGCCCGGCGGUUACAUACUACCCCAGGCAGGGGUCCGGCUGAGAUCUUCAAGAGUUUCCAUCCCGGGGGUGCCAUCGGCGCCGCGUCUAUGGCCUUGACACCGAUGAGCAUGUCUUCCGCGUCAAGUUCCUCCGCUCCAUCAGACUACAUCCCGGCCCAACAGACCGCGGCUUCCUUCACGCAGUCAGACAUCAAGCCCAACGAGCGUCCCCUCGUCCGCGACAUGCUUGUUUCCCUCGACCAAAUCCCCAAAGUGUCUGCUUCAGGCAAAGUCCGUCUCUUGGACGUUCUCCUCACCGCCAUACAACACCCCAACGCCAAGUCAUGGGUCCAUCUCUCACCGUCGGAGAUCGUACCCCCACGGCAUCUCCGCUUCGUCUCCCAAAGCAACUAUGUAGACAUGCAUGUUUCCGCAUUCGUUGAACUUGGCCUACCUUUCGGAGUGCCUCGCAAAGAUUGGUUUCGCAUCCCCGGCUCAAGCACUAUUGACGACGCGCGACGCCUCGUAUCCGAUGCCAGUGCAUCCUCCGAGACCUCGGUGACAGUGGUGGCUGUCAUGCACGACACCAACCCUCAUGAGUGUCUCGGAGUAAUAGAAGCCGAGGAUUUGUGGAAUGACUGUGACGACUAGACUACAUAUCUCUAUUUUUACAAGUCUCCCUCUAAACCUUCUGAUGAUGUAUAUGAACUCAUGCCUGGAUUUCUAUGUUCUUUGUCUUCCUGUCCCAUAUAUUCGUUUUCUCAAACAACCAUAGAUAGUUAUUCUUUGUGUGUGUUUGUUUCAGUACAUUCUUCCCUUGCCUGGAAUGGGAGGGAUGUUGUUUCUAUACACGGCUUCUUCUUCUUCCCCUUCCCCCACUUCCUCCUUUUCAGGCCUUUCUAAACAUCUCACCCAAGGACUCUGGCUGACAUCUCCUUUCUACAUUUAUGUGUUAUCUACUCCGUUUGAUCUUGAUUUUAGAAAAGACCUCAAGAAGGCCUAACUUAGAUACCCGAUCAUGACAACAAAUGGUAUUCGUCCGAUUCAUGUCUAGCUCUAGCUAUCAUCUAACGUAUCGGUACAGUGAUCUCAAACAUAACAGGGUAUAAGCAUCAUUGGCGGGGGGACCAG